CUGAGCUGGCACAACCUGGGCUGCAAUUGGCAACGCAUUUGGCAGACAGUGAAGACAAAAAGGGAACAAGACGAACAGCGCCGCUGAGCAUCCCCCAAGAAGACAGUCGUCGACCAAUACAAACAACACCACCACCACCACCACCACCACCACAGGCGCCAUGGCCACGGAAUUUCAGUUGAUGAAGAACCCGGUUCUUCCCCUCUUCACGCACGCGUGGAACAAGGACAAGACACAGGUGUGCGUGUCCCCGGGCGAUAACAAGGCACACAUCUACUCGUUCGAUGGCAAGAACUACAAGCUCGAACACACCCUCGAGGAUCACACGGCCACCAUCACCGGCAUUGACUGGUCUGCCGAGUCCAACGACAUUGUCACCUGUGGCCAUGACCGGAACGCCUACGUCUACUGCUGGAAGAAGAACGAUGCUGGCGUGGAAGUCUGGGACCCGAAGCUUGUCAUCCUGCGCAUCAACCGCGCUGCCACCUGCGUCAAGUGGUCCCCCAACGGCAAAAAGUUUGCAGUUGGGAGCGGUGCGCGUGUGAUCUCUGUGUGCUACUUUGAGGAGGACAACGACUGGUGGGUGUCGAAGCACAUCAAGCGGCCCAUCCGCUCCACCAUCCUGUCCAUCGACUGGCACCCAAACAACUACCUCCUCGCAGCAGGCAGCGCAGACUUCAAGUGCAGGAUCUUCAGCGCCGCCGUCAAGGGCGUGGACGAGAAGAACAAGGAGACGGAGUGGGGUGCGCGCAAGAAGUUUGGCGAAGUUGUGCAGGAGUUUUCGACGAGCACGGCUGGCGGCUGGGUGCACGCUGUGUCGUUUUCGCAGGACGGAACCAAGGUGGCUUUUGCCGCACACGACUCAUGCGUCUACGUCGUCGACGCCACAGACAACCUCAAGAUGCACCGCCUGCCGUGCAAGGCGCUGCCGUACCGCACCAUCGAGUGGGUCUCUGCCACGGAGUUUGUUGCCGCCGGCUUUGACUACGUCCCCGCUCUCUUCUCCUUCACAGGCGCUCUCCAGUACAUCGGCGAGCUCGACACGCGGCAGGAGAAGGAGACAAAGUCGACGUUCCGUGCGCUGGACAAGUUCCGCAACCUUGACAGCAAAGGCACGACCGAGGGCAGCGCGCUCAAGACCAAGGUCAACACCACCCACCAGAACUGCAUCGCAGACCUGCAGAUCUUUGCUGGCGAGAAGGGCAACGUGGCCAAGUUCACGACCGUGGGCAGCGACGGCAAGAUUGUCGUGUGGGACCUCGCCGCUGCAAAGCGCAGCAUGCCCAGCAGCGCCGCCUGAGCGGGUGGCACUGAUGAGAUGGGUGGAUGAUGCUGUGAUGACGACGAUGACGCCGUUGUUGUUGUUGCUGUUGUUGUUGAUGUUGCUGCUGUUGUUGUUGAUGAUGAACCGAUGCACAAUGACAAUCGUAUGAUGUGUGAUGGUUGCUGGAUGGCUGGCUGGUGUGAUGAUGUGGCGAUCGUGACCCGUGCUGCGUAUGCGCGUGUCACGUUGUCACAUUGAGCGGUGGAAGCGGUGGACGAUGACAGUCGAGUGGAUGUGCCUGAUGAAAACUAUGUGUUGUUACAACCUCCUCUUCUUCCUCUUGCUGUUGUUGUUGUCGCUGUUGUUGUUGUUUGGUUUUUCACAGUCUGUGUGGGGUUGUGUUCUUCUCUCUUUCCUCUUCUUGAUGCUUCACGUGCAUGUGUGUGUGUGUGUGUGUUUGUGCUUCUUGCCUCAAUUGAACAAGCGAGCAAGCAAGA